AACACGACCCCUCUAACACAACAAAACGACGAUUGGAUUCCAAAGCGUUCAUUUUCAUCCCAAUAGAUAACAGGAUUUUACUCCCGCUGCAUACUAGUAGUCAAGAGCACGUCGCCUAUUUGAGUGCUUUUGCAACAGUAUAGAAAAUUUGAAGCAACUACUUCUGGUAAAUUUCUGAGCAGCUCGUAUAAGAAGUUACAGUCCUACCCAUUCCUACCCAUAAGAAUCAAGAGGAAAACAAUGUUGCGGCUUCAUCACGCAGUACAAAAGGCUGCCUCGGUUGGCCGGGUAGAACAAGAUGCUGUCAACAAGGACUUGCACUUGGUGCAGGUGGUCCCCCCAUCGGUGGCCCCACCAGCUGCAGUGCCUCUCGCUUCUCCGUUGCAGAAGCACCUGGUGUUGGUGGUGGACGUCUCUGGGUCGAUGGGGACCGCUGUCGCGGCGGUGAACGAAAGCGGCGAGAAGGAAAACCACGGCUACUCGAUCCUCGACUUGGUGAAGCACUCCCUGCUCACCGUGAUUCAGAGCCUGGCCUUUGAUGAAGAAAGCGAAGAAAAUGAAGGCCGUCAAGAACCGCAGGGCUACUUUGAAUACCAGCUGUCGCUGAUCACGUUCACGCGCACGGCCUCGGUGGUGUUUUCGAAGCUCUCACUGCGGAAUGCGGCCGCGAAGAAACGGGCCGAGGAGGCGGUGGCGCAGUUGCGGCCCGAAUCCACGACCAACCUGUGGGCCGGCCUGAAGUUGGCGGUCGACCGGAUCCUCCUGCCUGCGAACUCCGCGGACGAGAAUUAUCAGGGGGACGAAGACGACGCGGCCUCCACCACCACCGGGUCCAGCUCCGUGCGAGGAGGACCGACGACGACGACGACCGUUUCGGACGAGCCCGAUGCGGAGCCGGGAGUGCUGCCAGCGGCCGCACGGAGGAUGAAUCUCAGGUUGCAGGAGCGCAACGCCGGUUCAGGUGCAACUGCCGGCACGACGACCCCGUAUGAAGAUCUGCUUGCAGCAAACACCAGCACGGAAGUGUGGGUGUUCACGGAUGGCCAGCCGAACCAGGUGCCGCCGCAGGGACACGUGAAGACGCUCGAAACGUACCUCGAAAAGAAGAAGCUGCCCCAGACCGCCUUCACACUGCGCACCUUCGGGUUCGGCUACUGUCUGGACGCGAAAUUGCUGGAGGAUUUGGCCAAAUUCGGCAACGGAUCCUUCUGCUUUAUCCCGGACGGGUCCUUCGUGGGCACGGUGUUUAUCCACGCUCUGGCGUCCCUGCAAAACACGGUGCCGGCGCGGGCGCUGACCUUGCGCGCGCACGUGCUGCAACAGGGCGAAGCAGGCAAAUUUGUGGCCGGCCCGCGCGGGGACGAGAACCACGUCGUUCUGCUCAACGUCCUCGGUGCGAAGGGGUUGCACGAUGUGUCUCGGCGGGGGUACUUGGUCCCGAACGACGGCGGGCGUGCGAUGGAGAUGUCUGUCCCGCUUGGGAGCACGCUGGAAUACGGCCAGAGUCGCGAACUGGUGUUCGAAAUCCCGCACGGAGUCACGUGCACCUUCUCGCUCGAGUACUUCGACCUUCGCACUAUGCAGCCGGUCACGUGCCAAACUACGUGGUCCUCGUCCACGCAGGAGCCUCCUGUCGUGACGAACGAGCCGGUCGCGCUGUUUCAGCAUGCCCGCGCCCGGUUGCUGGCCGUGGACGCGUUGGAUUACCUGGUCAACGAGGGUCUUCCGGGCUUCGGUGUAGAAAGCGGAAAUCCCUCGUCCUUCGGCGGCACUGCAGGUGUCUCCAGUGGGCGCACUCCGACGCUGGAGCAGAAAGCAGCCUGUGUUGCCGACACGGUGCGCGACAUCAAGACGAAUAUUCUCGCGCAGUCGAACGGCGAUGAUGACGUGGUUCUUCCACUGCUGCAGGACCUUGAGGGCCAGGUUGCGGAGGCGGUUUCCCGCCAGGACUGGUUCAAACGCUGGGGCGAGUACUACCUGCGGAGUCUCAAGUUCGCCCACGUGUUGCAGAAGCGCAACAACUUCAAGGACCCGGGCGUGCAGGGUUACGGCAAGAUCGCGCUUCCUGUUCUACUUGUUUCGGGCGACGUUGAGCAAGGGGUUCGUAGUACAACCUCCGCGUUCGACGGGCUGGUGGAGCGCGUGACGGACGUGUUCGUGAACCAGGUGGAGGCGCCGAAGCCGAGCAAGACGUACGAUUCCUCUGCGCACUCCGGCCCGAUCUCCAUGGCGGCGUACAACAACGCCCGCGGACCCUGCUUCACGCCGGACUGCCUCGUCCAGCUGUUCGACGGGUCUCUGGUGCGCGUGGACCAGGUGGCGAAGGGCAUGUAUGUGCGGUCGGGUUUGCAGCACCUGCCCAUGCGGGUCAAAUGCGUGGUGGAGACCGCGGGGCCGGGCAUGAAAAUCCUGCGCUUCGGGAAGCAGCUGAACAACCUCGGAGUCACGCCCUACCACCCGGUUUGCGUUUCGGCGGACGAGCUGCGGCAGAUUGGGGCGACCUCCACGCCGCGCUCGGUCGCGAGUGACUCCACGACGUCGACGGUGGCAGACCUUGACGCUGACGUUGAAAUUAAAACCGUGGUUUCCGAACAACAGACCGAGGCCGUUGUAGCUACCCCGAUGUUGAACAACGACCGCACGUGGGUGUUUCCGAUCGAUUUGGUUUCCAAAAUGAACAACGCCGACAAGAGUACAGCUUCUUUCUUGUCCAGGUACAACAACCUCGAGCAUGUUUUGACUGUGACGGAUGAGACGAGUCAUGACGUUGUCUACAAUUUUAUCCUCGAACGCCCGGGCAGCUCCGCCUUUGGCUCGGACAACAAGGUUUCUGUGCCUUUGUCUCCCUCGGCCACAACCAACGCGCCGGCUCCGCGAACUCCGCUCCGCACGUUGGGAGGUGAAGAGGCUGAUGACAAGAACGGGGAAAAAAGCCAAGAAGAUCACACGAUUGUCGUGAAUGGAAUUGUCACGUGCACCCUCGGACACGGACUGACGACGAACGAAAAGAUCCAGCACCCGUAUUUCGGGGACAUGACGAAAGUUCUGACCGACUUUUCGCACAUGCAGGGCUUCCAAGAAAAGGGUGUAGUCCGCCUGAAUGCGCAGACCUGCUGCGUAAAGGACGCUAAAUCGGGUCUUGUGGUCAGAAUGGUGCAGUAAAAUGACAUGGUGAAUGUAUAAAAGAGAAAAUGAAAAUGAUGUUAACUGCAAUCGUGAAAAACUAGAAGAAUAGGUUUUGAAGUGAUCAUGGCUUUGGUCGUGUUUCUCUAAAAUGCAUCAAUUAAGAUUUUGGUUUUUGCAAAAACAAAAAUACUUAAAAAGAAAUGAACAAGUAUAAUCAAGAAUAUCGAGCUGAAUACUUGACGGGUUUUUUGAUGACCCCUUAUGCGAGAAACUACAGAACUUUUGCAUGCCUCAACUUAGAACUACCACUAGACUACUACAACACUAGGUCCACCUAUUACUGCGUCGUCGCGACCAGUCUUUCUGUCUUUUCAGCGCUCACUUCAUCAAGUGAUCAGUUUAGGAGGAAAAGGAAAAGCCCCCUUGUCCCCUUUAGGGGGGUGGCUGAGCGACGAGUGUCAUAGCACUCGAUUGUUGCGAACUGUAGCAACCGUUUCUAACUUUUUUUAUCGUGAAUGAUCAGUGACAGUGAAGAUGAACUUUUUAUGGUUUUCUGGAAUUAUUGCCUGUGCGCAAUAUCAAUGAUUUAUUUGAUCCGAGGACAUGGUUCUCCUUUAUGUGUUUCAUUAGAUGUAAAAGUUCAAAAAUGAAAGUGAUUUGCCUCCAGAAAGAAACCCUGAAAUGAAUUUUUGGCGUAAAAAAUAGUGUAUGAAAAGUCAGGAUGCAACUCAGUUGG